AUGAAGACAUUCAAAUGUUGUUUUAAAUACCACCUAAAGCAGAAAGUUUUCAUCCUGUUUCUAACCCUAUGGCUGUUCUCCUUGUUGAAGCUUCUAAAUGUGAAACGCCUCCUCUUCCCUGAAAGAGGCAUUUACUUGGUUGAGUACUCGCUAAGUACCUCGCCUUUUGUAAAGAACAGAUAUACCCAUGUUAAGAAUGAAAUCGGGUAUGAGAUUAACUGUUCAGGUGUCUAUGAACAGGAGCCUUUGGAAAUCGGCAAGAGUCUGGAAAUAAGAAGAAGGACCAUCAUCGACUUGGAUGAUGAUGAUGUUGUGGCAAUGACCAGUGAUUGUGACAUUUAUCAGGCCCUACGAAGCUACCACGAAAAGCUUGUUUCAAGGGAGGAGAAAAGCUUCCCAAUAGCCUAUUCUUUGGUUGUUCACAAAGAUGCAAUUAUGGUUGAAAGGCUAAUCCAUGCUAUAUACAACCAGCACAAUAUUUACUGCAUCCAUUAUGACCGUAAAUCAUCUGAUACCUUCAAAGUUGCCAUGAACAAUUUAGCUAAGUGCUUCUCUAAUAUUUUCAUUGCUUCCAAAUUAGAGAUUGUGCAAUAUGCGCACAUUUCCAGACUCCAGGCUGAUUUAAAUUGCUUGUCAGACCUUCUGAAGUCUUCAGUUCAGUGGAAAUAUGUUAUCAACCUGUGUGGGCAGGAUUUUCCUUUGAAAUCAAACUUUGAAUUAGUGUCAGAGUUGAAGAAACUCAAUGGAUCAAAUAUGUUAGAGACAGUGAAACCCCCUAACACUAAGAUGGAAAGAUUCACUUAUCACCAUGAACUCAGACAGGUGCCUUAUGAAUAUGUGAAACUACCAGUGAGGACAAACGUCUCCAAGGAAGCCCCCCCUCAUGACAUCGAGAUAUUUGUUGGCAGUGCUUAUUUUGUUGUAAGUCGAGCAUUUGUUAAAUAUGUCCUCAACAGCUCCCUCGUUAAAGACUUUUUUGCCUGGUCUAAAGAUACGUACUCGCCCGAUGAGCACUUUUGGGCUACCUUAAUUCGGGUACCAGGAAUCCCCGGGGAGAUUCCUAGGACAGCCCAGGAUGUGUCUGACCUACAGAGUAAGACCCGCCUGGUCAAAUGGAACUAUCUAGAAGGCCUUUUCUAUCCCAGUUGUACUGGCUCUCACCUCCGAAGUGUGUGUAUCUAUGGAGCAGCAGAACUAAGGUGGCUUAUGAAAGACGGACAUUGGUUUGCUAAUAAAUUUGAUUCUAAGGUGGACCCUGUCUUGAUUCAAUGCUUGGCGGAAAAGCUUGAAGAACAGCAGAGAGAGUGGAUCACUUUAUCUUCAGAAAAGUUAUUUAUGGCUAAAACAGCCACAACCACAUUAGGAUAA